AUGGUUAUCUCCCAACCAGCCACGCCAGAGCGUGGCGCUGGGGCUCAGCUUGACCAGCAGUACCCGGAUAGCUUCAACCUUAGAGCUCGCCAACAGCUUUGGAAAACAGGCCAUCCGGUAACCCUCCAACCAUUUCAACCCAGCAGCAGCCCAACCCGCAGUCUGACAGCAUACGACAAGGACAGAGGAAAUCGCCGCAACGGACGACUGGACAAGGGCAGCCAACACAGGACAACCAACAGGUUUGCAGCCCUUGCAGAAGAGGACAACGCCACACAAACGCCAACCCCAGUUUUCGAUCUGGAAGCUGAGACGGAAGAAAUCAUCAAUACGCAGCAGGAGAGACUCGACAUACGCGCUAAGGUCCUUAGAACCUACGCAGAAGCAAUAACAGCCUGCACGCGAAAAUUCACCACAGGUUACGGACUACACAUUGCCAAUGAGUUUCAGAACACCCUCCUCCGACAUUGGAACCAGUUUGUACGCGCAGAAGAACCGCUCAUACUAGAAAAUAAGAACACCCCGGCUCCAAGCUCACUCACAGGAACAAGCAAUGCUACGCCACCAACACCAGCCGCCAGAGAAAACACCAGAACCAACAAGUUGGUGAGCUUCGCCAACAUCGCGGAAAAUGCCUCACGCCAGGCACCAGGGGAUGUACACGUGCAACCCCACCGCCGCCAAAACACAACUAUUGCGGAUCGCACCGAUCGCAGGGUCCUUCUCCGCUUGAAGAGUGGCUCCUCCUUCUUCGAGAAGGGCUUACAGAUCCGCCUUGCACUAAAGGACAAGCUCGCUAUUGCAUCCCAGGACAUCCAAGACAUCAAGCCAACAAAUACAGGAUGGGCAAUUGUGGCCCGGAACGAGAAAAUUCAGCAGCUCAUUCUGGAGAAGCAGAACGAAUGGGGCCCAUGUAUCGACUUAGAUAUUGCAGAGAAACAAAUCCCAUGGCACACCUACCUGAUCAAGAACUUCCCUAAGACUAUCCACUCUUGGGACGGCACCCUUCUGGACUUCGAGACAACGAUUGAAGAAGAGAUUAAAGCCCAAACAGGGCAAAAGCCAGAACGAUGGCAUGUCUCGCAAAAGCCCAAUAAUGAGGAUCCGACCAAAGCAACACUGGUCAUCUCAUUCCUUAAGCCGCUGAACAGCAACUUCCGGCUACUCGGACAGGGAAGCUACUCCUUUAAACUCACCAAACCAAAGAAACUGUCUCAGUGCACCCACUGUUGGAACUUUCACCCGCCAACUCGCUGCAUCGCUACAAAAGUCUGUGUUCGCUGUGGCAUCAAGGAUAAUGCGCACAGCGCUGACAGGUGCGACAAUACGACAAAAUGCGCGAACUGCUAUGGCGCACAUGAAGCCAACUACGAGAACUGCUACGCCCGCCCACAGAAACUUCGCGGCAAUUUCCAGAAACUCUCAAAGACUCAGCUUAUCUACGCCAGGCAACUAGGACAAGAAGACUUCAAACGAAAGAACAAUACACAGCAAACUGACAGUGACCAACCCCCCCUUGCUGAGGAGGGUGAUAAAGAUGCCCGCCCCCUACAGGAUGCCGAGAUGAGCGGCACAGAGCCAAUUCAGACAACCCAGGCCCCAGAAACACACUCAGUAAAUAUUGUUGAUCACGAAGAGAGAGAAGUAGGUACCCCGGGAGUGAGGGAAAACGAAAAGGACGAUGAAGAAACCGAAGAAGAAGUAGCAGGGGAGGAGGAAGCAGAGGAAGAGGAAGAAGAAGAAGGAGAGGAAGAGGAAGAGGAAGCAGAGGAACAAGAGAUUCAGGAAGCACUACCUCCACCAGCACAGUCGUACCCAAUAGGAACCAACACAAGACAGGACCAACACUCCUAUCCCAAGCACCAUUUCUAUAUCACCCAGAAGGGUACAUCACACACAGUCACCAAGCAAAAUUCCACGGCCAGUCCCAGCACAACCAGGGACCAGUACUUCACCAUUAAAAAGCAGUUUCGACCUCAACCCCGAACUGACAACAUAGAGCCACCAAGCGAAGCCACUGCCCGGGAACCACCUAGCGAAACCACCUCCCGAGAAAUCAUUGAAGUACGUACACCUAGGCGGACUUCAGCCACGCACUCGCCGCCUAGCAGCCCUCCACUAGCUGCCAGAAGGCGAGACCAGUCACCAAGCAAAAUACGACGCAUCACCACACGCGGACCAAACGUGGACAAAGGCGAGGGAGCUCACUGCGCGGCCCUCCAACUUGCAUCUCAGGAGGGCUACAAUAUAGUACUCAUACAGGAACCAAACACAUCUUACAACGCACAAAAAGGCCUCUGCAGAACACAGCACCAUCCUGGCUUCCUCUGUUUCAGCCCCGUCGACACUAGGAAUAUCCAAGCUGAACAACUUCUCCCAGCACGUCACCGAGACCUUCUCUGGGUUAAAGUGAAUGGAACCGUGAUCCUUAACAUCUACAACAGGCCAGAGGAGGAAACCUCACUGGAUGUUAUUGAGUCAUGGACCCCGCCAAACCGAUGCAUUGUCGCAGGAGACAUGAACGCAUUCCAUCCAUUGUGGCAAGCAGAUCGGGGGGCAUCACAGGAUGGCACAAGGAUCUUUAACUGGACUCAAGAACACGACCUAGUCCUCCUUAAUGACCCUGAAACCUCAACCACAAUGCCAAGGCUAAACAAAAGAUCUAGCACAAUUGACCUGGUCUUCUCUAACAUCUCUACAGCUACUACAACCGUGGAAGAACACCUCACCACUGGAUCGCUGCAUUACACGAUCGGUACAGAGAUUCCAGACAACGAGAGCAGCCCUAGGACCUCGGGGAAAGUCCACGUCACUCUACCAGAGGAAAUUAAGGCUUUUACGAAACAUGUGGCCGGCGCAGCCCUGUCACUACCAACGUUCAUCCGCACCAGACAAGAUAUUGAUGAUACUGCUAGACAACUUCUACAAACCCUGCAAGACGCGGCAAAAGCUUGCGGCCGAUUGAGUAAAGGAAAAAGAGCCCGACAGAAUCCUUGGUGGAGCAAAGAGUGUAACAAAGCACAUGAGAACCUUCGCGCUGCUCGAUACACUACAGAAACCCGUCAUGGGGAAGAAGUCCAACGCGCUAGAAUCUACUUUAAACGCAUUGUCCGCCGUGCAAAGCGAAACUUCUGGCGCACUAUUGUUGCAGAUAUCACAGACCCAGCUGACGUAUUCCAGAUUACUCGCUGGAUAAAGCCAAGGCAACAGCUACAACCUCCGCCAAUCCAACACGGAAGCAAAGUCUACACAACAAACUUAGAACGUGCUAAUGUCCUGCGCAAGGAGAAGCUCGAAAGACGGGACGUAUCAGAUGAUAUCCCAGAUCCAUGGACCCCCACAGUUUCACCAACCCAACAAAUCCCUUUCUCGGCACACAUCUCAACCAGCGAAGCCCAGGAUGCACUACUGAAAACGGGAAACACCACUCCUGGAAUGGACGGUAUUACAACGAAAAUGCUCCAAGCAAUCUGGCCAAGUAUUUCGCAUGUCACCACACUCCUCUAUAACGCUUGCCUCACCCUAGGAUACCACCCAACUGCCUUUAAAACAGCAGAGGUGGCAAUGAUUCCGAAACUCAAUAAGAGAGACCUCAGUGAUGUCUCCGCGUGGCGCCCCAUCUCCCUUCUUUCCUGCCUGUCUAAAGGCCUAGAACGAGUAAUCGGUCGGCGUCUCGCCUACCUAGCUGUCAAGUACAAAGUCCUCCAUCCGAACCAGGCUGGAGCACUCCCAAAACGAAGCGCCACAGACAUAGUUACCGCACUUAUCUACGAUGUUGAACGUGCCCUAGGUAACGGCAAGAUCGCCACACUUGUUACAAUGGAUGUUAAAGGAGCGUUUGAUGCUAUUCUCCCCAAUAGGCUAGUCCUACGACUCCGACAACAAGGAUGGCCGGAUUUCCUGGAUGCUAAAACAGAACCCGCAGAGCUGCCAUGCGGCCUCCCUCAAGGCUCGCCGAUAUCACCCAUUCUCUAUCUCCUAGCCACCACCCCUAUCUACUCCCUUCUAGGAGCAACAGAGAGGUAUGGCUACGCAGACGAUACAGCAAUGCUCUUCACAGGAGACAGCCUGGAGGAGACCACUGCAAAAGCAAACGCGGCAAUUGCUGCAAUGGAAGCAUGGGGGCAACAGGAGGCUUUUUCCUUCGACCCAGACAAGACAGAGGUUAUGCACUUCUCCAGAAAAAGGGAUAGAAGCUCCCCAACAGUCUGUCACCAAGGCCAGGAGGUUAAGGCACAAAAGGCAAUGCGUUGGCUGGGAGUCUGGCUUGACCGCAGGCUCACCUUUAGCACGCACAUCGAUAAAUGGUCGCUUAAGGCAAGUAAGGUUGUCUCACAGCUACGGUUCGUUAACAAUACAGUACGCGGAACGUCAGCAGUAGCGGCCAGGAGAGCAGUAUAUGCAGUUGCCCUACCCACACUCUUUUACGGGCUGGACACAUGGUUCCCUGGCUUCCCUUCUGAGUCAACCCACAGGAAAGCAAGGACGAUCACCAAAACUCAACUCUCGAAAAUCCAAGUAAUCCUGAAUAAGGCCUGCCACGCAGUCCUACCUGUUUGGAAGACCACCCCACGAGUUAUUCUUUGGAAAGAGGCAGCAAUUCCGCCGGCAGAAAUCAUACUAAAGCAGCAUCAAGCGCGCACGGCGCUUCGCUACGCCAUGCUAGACGCAGCACACCCACAAUACAUGGGCCGAACUCUGCAGAGGCAUAGCCGACUCCUCCGAACAGCGGCAUGUGCAAAGGAAGUUGAACGACCAAGGCUUAUCCCACGCCGCUUUGAUGAUAGCAUCCCGACUGAAGCUGCAGGAAACAGACCACCAAAAGAAACCGCCGUGCUGCAAUUCCAACACUGGCUUCAGGAUAAGCCCGCGGGAUUCAUUGUCUUUAGCGAUGGCUCCAAGACAGAAAGAGACACCGCAGGGUACGGAUUUGCAGUGUUCCACAAGGGACGCCUUGUUGAUUGGGGCUCUGGCCAACUAGGCCGCAGAGAAGUCUUUGACGCAGAGAUCCACGGCGCAUUAGAAGGACUUCAACGCGCUUUACUCGCUAAUCUUGCUAACGAACCAAUUACAGUCUGUAUGGAUAAUACCUCCGUUAUUGACUGUAUAGGAACGACAGCACCAAACUCCUCACAGGCCUGCUUUAGAACCUUUCAGAGGGUAGGAGACAAGCAUCCAUACAGGUAUCUGUCAAAUGGUGCCCAGGCCAUAGCAACAUCUUUGGAAAUAGUUGAAAUUGUGAUUCUUUAA